AGUCAUUCUAUUUAAAUUAUAACCUCAAACAACGUACUAGACUAGACUAGUAUAUUACUAGACCAGUAGUACCUAUAUAUUUACCUUUAUAUUUGUGUUCUGUGAGUACUGAGUAGUAUUAGUGUAGUUGACGCGUUCAUGUUGUUUACUAAAAUACAUUUUAAAGACCUGACAGCUUUCCCUACAGUUUAAUAAAAAAUGUGUGAUAAAAGUGAAACAGUGAGUGAAGGGGAUCAAAAUCCAUCAGAAAAAAGGCCCCACGAAAGCGACAGCGAUUCGGACUCAGGUUUGGUGGGACCCUCACUUUCGGAGGCCGCCCGACCCAAAAAGCGAAAAAUCUUACCUUUUGAGAGACUCUACUUAGAUAAUUUACCCUGUGCAGAGUCUUAUGAGCGUAGCUUUAUGCACAGAGAUACUAUAACUCAUGUUGUAGUCACUCCAGUAGAUUUUAUAAUCACAGCGAGUUGUGAUGGUCACAUCAAAUUUUGGAAGAAAGUGGAUGGCGGAAUAGAGUUUGUUAAGCAUUUUAGAAGCCAUUUAGGUCCUAUAGUGAAGAUAGCAGCAAAUGUGGCAGGUAGUUUGCUUUGUUCUGCAAGCACAGAUAAGUCUUUAAAAAUAUUCGAUGUGGUGAACUUUGAUAUGAUAAAUAUGAUCAAGUUAGACUAUGUUCCGGGAACAGUGGAGUGGAUACAUGGGUCUGGAGAUGCUAUUCAUACUUUAGCUGUGUCUGAUCAAGAUAGCAAUAAGAUUUUCAUAUAUGAUGGAAGAGGAACUGGUGUGCCUUUACAUGUGCUUGAGAAAAUUCAUUCCAAGCCUGUUACUUUGAUCAGUUAUAACAUGAGGUAUGAUGUUAUCAUUUCUGCUGAUAAAUCAGGUAUUUUAGAAUAUUGGUCAGGAAUGAAACAGGACUUCAACUUUCCUAAAAAUGUCACUUUUGAAUCCAAAUUGGACACAGACCUCUUUGAAUUUGCAAAAAAUAAAACGCAGCCAACUUCAAUAGCAUUCUCCCCAGAUGGAAAAAAAUUUGCGACAAUUUCGACUGACCGGAGAGUAAGGAUAUUCAGCUUUUUAACUGGAAAAUUAACUAGGGUUUAUGAUGAAACACUGCCUAGAUUUACAGAGUUACAGCAAAAAACCCAACAGCUUCCAAACAUGGAAUUUGGAAGAAGAAUGGCAGUGGAAAGGGAUUUGGAAAAAUCGGAAGCUUUCCAUUUAGCAAAUGUAACUUUUGACCAAAGUGGAUACUUCAUAAUGUAUCCCACUUUAUUAGGAAUUAAACUAAUAAAUUUAUAUAACAAUAAACUAGUUAAAAUUAUUGGCAAAAAUGAAAAUUUAAGGAUGUUAAAUAUUGCUUUGUAUCAAGGUUCUUCCAAAAGAUCUAAAGCAGCAGUGACAUUCGAAAUGGAAGCCUCAAACAAUCCUACUUUGGAAGCCAUCCAACCUGAUCCUACAAUAGUUUGUACAGCUUAUAAAAAAUCCAGAUUUUAUUUAUUCACUAGAAGAGAACCUGAUGAUUUGAUGCCAGAUCAGGAUAGGGAUGUCUUUAAUGAAAAACCAUCCAAGGAAGAUGUCAUGGCAGCAACUGAGAACGUGGCAGUUCAAAGACUAUACGAAAAUGCCAUAAUCCAUACCAUUUUUGGGGAUAUUCACAUCAAAUUAUUUCCUAAGGAUUGCCCAAAAACUGUGGAAAACUUCUGUGUUCAUAGCAAAAAUGGAUAUUACAAUGGACAUAUAUUUCAUAGGGUAAUAAAAGGUUUCAUGAUCCAAACAGGUGAUCCAACGGGAAAUGGCACAGGAGGCGAAAGCAUAUGGGGUGGUGAAUUUGAAGAUGAAAUCCGACCGCAUUUAAGGCAUGACAGGCCUUACACUGUCUCUAUGGCAAACGCAGGACCAAACACUAAUGGCAGUCAGUUUUUUAUCACACUUACUCCUACACCUUGGUUGGAUGGCAAACAUACCAUAUUUGGAAGGGUAACCAGAGGGAUGGAAGUUGUUCAGAAUAUCAGUAAUGUAAAAACUAAUCAGAAGACUGACAAGCCGUAUGAUGACCUUUCUAUUGUCUCUAUAUCUGUAAAAUAGUUAAUUAUUUUAGGUGUAAAAUAAAAUUAUAUUUAUUUUAA